GGUGCACAGCACAUGCAAUCAGUGGAUGUUUCAGAAACGAAACUCAUAUCCACUAAAUCCUGGACGUCUCUGUCAGGUUGAUAUUAUAUUGGCUGACAUGAAAUCCCACUUACAAUCGAUGUUAUAAUGUUUCCUCUGCGCUGAGCAAGAGACCAAGUUAUGCUGAGAUUGCCUGGCUUUUUUAAUGUCGUACGCAGGACUCUAUGCAACGCCGCAGAAGACAUGGGCAAAAAAGGAAACUUUUUCUACGCUGUGAGGAAAGGAUUUAAACCUGGAGUGUAUCAAACAUGGGAGGAAUGUAAACAUCAAGUGGAUAAAUUUCCUUCUGCAAGUUUUAAGAAGUUUGCCUCGGAACAGGAUGCUUUGGACUUUGUGAGGAGCCAUUCCGGUGCAUCAUCUUCUGCGGGAGCAAAUGGAUGUGAAUUAGAGGUCCUGCCUCCUAGAAAUGUGCCUUGUUCCUCAAUGGCUGUGUCUUUUGGACGUAAAAGGACCCAUGAGGAGACUGAGGAUGAAAGACCGUCCUGUCCGAAACGAGUGAAGCUCAUUGAGGUCCCACAGCCAAAGACUGGAACAACCAGUAGUGAUGGAUUUACAUACAUGGGUGAUGCUGUAGUGGUGUACACUGAUGGCUGCUGCACAGGCAAUGGUAAACAUGGAGCACGUGCAGGAAUUGGUGUAUAUUGGGGCCGUGAUCAUCCACGUAAUGUGGCUGAGAGGCUUCCAGGUAGGCAGACCAACCAAAGAGCAGAAUUACAGGCUGCUUGCAAGGCACUUGAGCAAGCCAAAGAAAUGAGUUUUAAAAAGGUUGUGCUAUACACGGACAGCAAGUUCACUAUUAAUGGUGUCACAAGUUGGGUAAAGACCUGGAAGUUGAAUGGCUGGAGACUUAAAAGUGGUGGGGUCAUAAUCAACAAAGACGACUUCCAACAGCUGGACAAACUAAAUGCAGAACUUGAUGUUGUAUGGGUAGGUUUAUUUGACCAACUAUAGCUAGGUUUAUUUACU